UUUCAACAGUUAGACUAUGUUGCCAUCUAUGACGUGAUGAGCCGUACCAAUUUUAUUGAUUAAGUGUGUAUCUUUGUGCAUUUUAAGAACGUCGGUUGUUAAUUCUGUGUUUGUGAUUGGAAUUUUUAAAGAAUAAAAUUUUCUAAGUUUAAUUUAAAUCUAUAAUUACACAUAAUGAGGCUCACAAAUACCUUAUUUACAAAAAUGAAACAUUGGUCUAAAGUAUAUUCGAAUUUACCAGAUAGUUAUAUAAAUCGUGUUACAGAACGGGUUUUUUGGAGAACACCACGUGGGAAACCUCAGUACCUUCAGCGUACAAUAAAAACUAAAAAAUUUCAUUUCUCCAUUCAUCGACCAUGGACACAGGAGUUUCAGGUGGAACAUGUACAUCCCCCGAGGAAACCCAUGAUUCAUGUUGAACCCAUAAAAGAUUGGAGCUUCUUUCGUGGAGAUCGUGUAGAAAUAUUAGUUGGUCCUGACAAAGGAAAACAAGGUUUAGUAAUGGAUAUUAUACAGGAAAGGAAUUGGGUUAUUGUCGAAGGGCUGAAUACAAAAGUACAGUGCAUAGGAAAAACUAAAAAUUAUCCUGGAACUUUUCUUCGUGUAGAGCAGCCGCUGUUAGUUACAACUCAAGUGCAAUUGGUCGAUCCAUUUGAUCUGAAAGGUACUCCUAUUGAAUGGAAGUAUACAGAGGAAGGUGAGUAUGUAAGAGUUUCUAGCAGAACUGGCAGAAUUAUUCCGAUGCCAGAAACCGCUAAAGAAACAAUAGAUUAUAAAGAUCCUAAGACCUAUUUUGAACAUCCAAAAGAUACAAAGAAAGAUGAUGUAAUGGAAGAAACAUUUGUGGCAUCUUUAAAAACAUUUGAGAUGGACAUUAUGGAGAAAAUGGGUAUCAAGGAGGAUCGUAUAGCAAAGAAAUAUUAUUGGUAUUAAUUUUGUCUGUUUAACCACUUUUGUAAGUUUCAUAAUAAACAAAAUUAAUGUCUACUAAAUGCGUAGAAAUAAGAAUUUUAUGUGUUUACAAAAGUGUACAGAUUAGUUUGUCAUCUGUCCUGAAAGUUACCUUGAAUGUGAAUUGGGAUUUAAUUAAAUGAAAAAAGAAUUACACACCAACACACGUGCUAUUCGAUUGUAUCAUUUAUUAUCGACAAAAGUUACAUUGCGGCAUUUGAAUCCUUGUAUAGAAAACAUGUAGGAGGGGGAGAGGAGGAAGCAUAUGUAACGUUAAAGAAUCAAGCGAUUAAUCGAAUGUCUCGUAAAUAUUUGUUAGAUUAAAAUAUAUUGUUAUUGCGAGUCGUUUUCUGCUUAUUAACGCUUGUUAGUUUUAUAUUAACACACAUACAUAUCACAGUACGAUUUUUAACAAACGCAAAUCUAGAAACGAAUGUCAGUCUACAAUUAAAU